AUGAAGAAGAAAAAUGGCUUGGAAAAGUCUCCCCAGAAGAAAGGCUUGGAAAAGCCUUCCAACCAGAGAGGCUUGGAAAAGUCAUCUGGAAGAAAGGGUUUGGAAAAGCCCAUGAAGAAGCCUGGCUGCAAUGAUGGAGAUGGUUUGGAAAAACCAGGAACCAUCAAAGACAAGGUCAAAGCUACAGCUGAGGAGGCUGAAGGUGAUGCAGACCAGGGUGCUGCAAUCUUGCAUGGAUCUCUGUCCAAGCUUGAUAAGAGCAAACUCUGGGCCAAGCACCAGGCAUCCCUCAGAGGGAACAAGGCCUUGGAAAAGGCCCAUGCCCAACUUGGCAAGAAGGAGAAAGGAAUUGCUGCUUGCAAAUGGCUCUUGGAAAAGGAAGGCAAGCAGUUUCUCCAAGCCUCCAGGAGGGUUUCUGUGGGAGAAGUUGUCACUAAGACUGAUAACUGGGAAACCGAACUCCAAAUGCUUACCAGGUACAGCCCAGAAGAGCUGGAGAUGCAUCUCCAGUCUGGAAAGGUGAUCUGGACAGAGUGCCCCUACACUUCUGGUACCUUUGAAUACAAAGAUACCCAGAAUUGGCACAAAGCAAUCAACACAGCCAGGCAGAAGGAAUGGCAGAGUGGUGUUGAGUUUGAGCCUGAGGAUGAGGAGGAGGAGGACAAGGAUGAGCCUGAUCCCCAUGAGAAGCUUGCCAAGGCUUGCAGGACUGCCAGGAAUAUGGUGUCUGCAACAAUGUCAGACUUGGAAGAAGCUUUGGAAAAAGCAGGUUCCAAGCUGACCAAAGCAGGCAAGACCACAGCCAAUGAUCUGAGCAAGGAGCUUGGAAAAGCUUUGCAGAAGAUCAAGACCUUGCUGACUGGAAAGUCAAAGCUGCAAGAUGAUCCAGUGAAGGGGCAGCUGAUGGAGGUGGCUCAAGUGGUCAAGACUGCCAAGGAUGAAACUAAGACUGCUGGCUUUGGGGGGUGCCUCCUCCUCCUCCAAAGCCAAGUGAUCUUGGAAAAGGUCCCUCAGGGGGCAGCAGGAGCCUUGGAAAAGGCAAGUUGGGACCAAGGGCCUUGGAAAAUGCCUUUGGCAACAGAAAGCGCACAGCUGGUCUUGGAAAAGGAUUCGUGGCCUGCUUUGUUUAAGGAGGAUUCAAACGGUUUGUCCCCCAUGCUGUUCAAGACUCUGUGUUGCCAUGAAACCAUGGCCAUUCCAGGUUCUGUCCUGGUGGCGAAUGAUCUGCGCAGAAUGUCCUACAGGUGUUGCGUGCCUUUGCUCCUUGGCGCUAAUGUGAACUGUGCUGCCCUGACCGAUUGCCUCAUGUCGGUGAUGUUUGUGCAGAAGGCAACAGCUCGACAGACUUGGGGGGUCUCUGUUGGCUUGGCCAUUAUGUGGUUUCAGACUGUGGCGAUCAUUGCCAUGAUGACUGUGGACUCUCAACUGAGGACAGCCAACACGAUUGGUCAUUACAUGCAGGCCAGUUUUGCUAUCAUGAGCACUGUGGCUUUGCAGAGUAUGACAUGCUAUGUCCAUCCCAAUGGCUCUUACAGCUUGGUGAAGUACUCCAGCAUCACCUGUGGCGAAGGUGAGCAAGCCACCAUGAUGGCAGCAGGCGUGUCCUUGCUGAUUGUCUUCGUCGUCGGCUUUUUGGCAAUCGUGACCUAUGCGACAGUUGCCUUACCAUCAUGGAGUUCAGACAGGAUGUUCCACCAUCGGGUCCAAAGCUUCAAUUUCCUGACAUUUCGCUUUCGCCUGGACAAAUGGUGGUUCGGAAUUCCGUUGCUUUUGCGUGGCCCAUUGAUGUCCUUGGUGGUGACAUGCGCAACAAACUUUCCAGCCGCCCAAGUGUGUUUGAAUUCGCUGAUCCUGACCAUCUACAUCGUGAUCCAGCCAAUGUCCAGGGGAGGACCCAGACAUGAAGCCAAACCUCUGGUGGAUGUUGGCUUGGUUUUUAAGUGCUUGGAAAAGCACAAGGAUAUCCUGGCUGACCUGGGGGCCUAUGAGCAUAUGUGCUCCAGCUCUGGGCCCAAUGCUAAGGCUUUGCAUGCCACCAGGAAGCUAUGGACAGGGUUGUUGGAUCUGGAGCCAAGUGGCUUGAUCCACAGCCAGCCACUGAGACAGGCUCUCCUGUCUUUGUUGGCAGAGAACCCAGAUAUAAACCUGGGGAAACAUACUGGGCUGGUGUGGGCCAAUUUGAAGGUGGAGAGGCUGAACUGCCUCCUGGCACAUGUCAGGAAACUUGGCAGGGGCAGCAAAGCUCUCAUGUCUGUGGCUGCCAAGCUCACCAGGGACCAGUGCCAUGAAUUGCUGGUGGGCUUGAAAAAGUUCAAAAUGCCCAACAAAACAGAGCUGGCCCUGGUGCCAGUGACAGCAGCAGAAGUGGAGCUUGGAAAAGCACCUUCUGCUAAGAGCAAAGCAGCCACAAGUGAGCUUGGAAAAGCAUCACUUCAAGAAAAGGCCCAUGUGCUUGGAAAAGCACCAGCAUCUGCCAAGGCCAAGCUUGGAAAAGCCAAGCCUAGCAAAGAUGCAGGGAAGCUUGGAAAAGUUGGCAAGGAGGCCCUUGGAAAAGGUAAAAGAAAGCUGGCUCCCAGAAUCAGUGAUGUGAGCUUGGACUCUGCAGGCUUCCCUGGGAUGUUCAGCAGCCCCUCCAAGAAAGCCAGAAGUGCAUCUUCCUCCCAGGUGAUGUGCCUGAGGAGAGCAGGUAGCAGGUUGCAUGCAGCCAUGGGCUAUGGUUUGGAAAAGCCAAAGGCAAAACCUGCCAAAAAGCCUGCCGCAUGCCUUGGAAAAGGCAAGAGCAAGCCAGGCAAGGCCAUGGCUGAUGAACCCAAAGAAAGGGAACCUUGGGUUGAUCUCAAGCAAACAGUGACUCAGAAUAUGUCCAUCCACUACCUUGCCAUUAUUGGUAAGAUCAGGUGUGCCUUGGAAAAGGACAACCUGACAAAAGCUGAAGCCUUGGCCAUGAGGAAUGAAAGAAGGAAGGGGAUGCAGUGGUCAGCCUUGGAAAAGGCAGACCCAACUGACCCCACUGUCCUGGCCAAGCACCUGGAAGCCUUGGAAAAGGCAAAAGCAAGGUGCCAGGAGAGGAUGGCAGAUGCUGUUACCAAGAAAUUGGAACAGCUCUCCACCUCUGAUGAGCCCAGGGCAGGGGGCGCCAAGCACAGGGGCAAGAGUGGCCAGCCAAGGAAGGCUGUGCCCACCCCUGAUUUGGAAAAGUCCCAGGGCAGCACCACCCAUGGCAGUGCCACCAAGGGCUUGGAAAAGCCUGUGGUGGUGGUUGACUGGCACAACACCUUGGAAAAGGAUGAUGUUGUGAGCCAGGACAACCUGGCAGGCUUGGAAAAGCUGCAGGAACACUGCAGAGUGAUCCUGCUCUCUGCAGUGGACACUGCCUUCAGGAAAAGGCAAGUCCUGGUGGACAUGGAUGCCAUGAUCCCAGACCACAUUCACCAGCAGGGCCUUGGGAAAGAAACCUGCUGGAAGAAAUGUGGUGAGGGUGGGAAGGCAGAUCUUGCCUGGCAGUGGGAUGCUGUUGCCAUUUCUGAUGACAAUUGGCAUAUCUGCCAGGAAUGUGAGGCCUGGGGCAUUGAUGCUUACCAGGUCUCACAGAAGAAGGCAGCCAAGGGGGCCUUCCCCACCUUUUGGAAAGCUGUGGUCAUUGGCUUGGAAAAGCCUUCAAUGAGAGGCUUGGAAAAGUCAUCUGGAAGAAAGGGUUUGGAAAAGCCCAUGAAGAAGCCUGGCUGCAAUGAUGGAGAUGGUUUGGAAAAACCAGGAACCAUCAAAGACAAGGUCAAAGCUACAGCUGAGGAGGCUGAAGGUGAUGCAGACCAGGGUGCUGCAAUCUUGCAUGGAUCUCUGUCCAAGCUUGAUAAGAGCAAACUCUGGGCCAAGCACCAGGCAUCCCUCAGAGGGAACAAGGCCUUGGAAAAGGCCCAUGCCCAACUUGGCAAGAAGGAGAAAGGAAUUGCUGCUUGCAAAUGGCUCUUGGAAAAGGAAGGCAAGCAGUUUCUCCAAGCCUCCAGGAGGGUUUCUGUGGGAGAAGUUGUCACUAAGACUGAUAACUGGGAAACCGAACUCCAAAUGCUUACCAGGUACAGCCCAGAAGAGCUGGAGAUGCAUCUCCAGUCUGGAAAGGUGAUCUGGACAGAGUGCCCCUACACUUCUGGUACCUUUGAAUACAAAGAUACCCAGAAUUGGCACAAAGCAAUCAACACAGCCAGGCAGAAGGAAUGGCAGAGUGGUGUUGAGUUUGAGCCUGAGGAUGAGGACUUGGAAAAGUUCAUAGACCUCUUCAGCACUGACUGCCAUUCCUUGUUUGUGGAUGAAGGCCUUGGAAAAGGUAGUGCCAAGGGCCUUGGAAAAGGCCAGGGGUCCCUUGGAAAAGGCAGAAGAGGCAGGGGCAGAGCCAUCAAGGAGGAGGAGGACAAGGAUGAGCCUGAUCCCCAUGAGAAGCUUGCCAAGGCUUGCAGGACUGCCAGGAAUAUGGUGUCUGCAACAAUGUCAGACUUGGAAGAAGCUUUGGAAAAAGCAGGUUCCAAGCUGACCAAAGCAGGCAAGACCACAGCCAAUGAUCUGAGCAAGGAGCUUGGAAAAGCUUUGCAGAAGAUCAAGACCUUGCUGACUGGAAAGUCAAAGCUGCAAGAUGAUCCAGUGAAGGGGCAGCUGAUGGAGGUGGCUCAAGUGGUCAAGACUGCCAAGGAUGAAACUAAGACUGCUGGCUUUGGGGGGUGCCUCCUCCUCCUCCAAAGCCAAGUGAUCUUGGAAAAGGUCCCUCAGGGGGCAGCAGGAGCCUUGGAAAAGGCAAGUUGGGACCAAGGGCCUUGGAAAAUGCCUUUGGCAACAGAAAGCGCACAGCUGGUCUUGGAAAAGGCCACACUGAGAGGGCAAACUACAUGGGCCACACACUGA